CUCACCAUGUGCACUGGAAAGUGCUCCCGCUUCGUGGGGCUCUCCCUCAUCCCCCUGUCCCUGAUCUGCAUCCUGUCCAAUGCCCUUUUGCUGGUGCCUCAGGGCAAGACCACCUGGACCAACGUCAACCAGCUCAGCAUACAAGUCUGGCUCAUGGCUGGCUUCUUCGGCGGGGGCCUGAUGGUGCUGUGUCCGGGCAUCUCAGCGGUUCGGGCAGGGGGCAAGGGCUGUUGUGGUGCAGGCUGCUGUGGAAAUCGUUGCAGGAUGCUGCGCUCCAUCUUCUCCUCGGCCUUCGGGGUGCUAGGGGCCAUCUACUGCCUCUCGGUGUCGGGAGCCGGGCUCCGAAUUGGACCCAAAUGCUUAACGGACCGCGGGUGGGAUUACCACUUCAGAGACACCAAAGGCUCUUACUUGCAGAACCGUACUCUGUGGAAUUUGUGCGUGGAGCCGCCUGGCGUGGUCUCCUGGAAUGUGACACUCUUCUCGCUGCUGGUGGCCGCCUCGUGCCUGGAGAUCGUGCUGUGCGGGGUGCAGCUGGUGAACGCCACCCUCGGUGUCUUCUGCGGCGAUUGCAGGAAGGAGAAAGGAUCUUCAGAGUGGUUGGGGCCCUGA